AUGUCUGGCUACGAAGGCGUUUCCCCUCCUUCAGGCUCUGCUGCUGCUGCUGCAGGAGGUGCAGCAAGUGGAGCAGUAUCUGCAGCAGCACCUACAGCAGCAGCAGCAGCUGCUGCUGUUACUGCUGCUCCUGCAAUGUCUUGCAGCAGCACGCGGCUCCUAACCUCCGCACCAGCAAGAGAUGCCCCUGCAUAUGAGGCUGGCGCCCCCACCCGUCUGUUAGCAAAGACCCCCUUCGAGUUCUGUGCUGCAGCAGCAGCAGCAGCAGCAACAGAUGAUGAUGAUGAUGAUGAUUGUUUGCAUGCAGCAGCAGUGAAGGCAGAGGAGAGGCUUUCUCGGUCUGUACAGACACCCCGUGGCUGUCGUUUGCUGCAUUCUUCUCGGCGCUGUGGGAGCAGUUGCUGCUGCGGCGGAUCAGCAGCAGCAGCAGCAGCAGCAGCAAGUUCAGAUGCAGAAGGAGAAGCAGCAGGAGCUGCUGGGGAUGGCAACAGCCGGGAGAGUAUUCGUGUGCAGGUGUUUGAGAAGCUGCAGCAGCAGCGGGAGCAGCAAGAGUGGGAGGCAGAGCAGGCGCUGCAGCAGCAAGCAGCAAGUCUGCGGCAGCAGCUAGUAUACCUGCGUAGACAGCUGAAGGCGCAGCAAGAUGAAUCUCUGCUGCAGCAGGAGCUGCUGCAGCAGCGCGAGGCUGCUCUGGAGGCAGCAAUGAAAGAAACAGCGAAACUAAGAAGUAGAGAACAACAACUAAAACAAGAAAAAGAAAUAAUAAAACAAACGCAUGCACAAAUACAAACAGAAAUGCAGCAGCAGCAGCUAACAGCAAGACAACAAAGAGCAAAUGUUGCCCUCGAAUAUGCAAAAAAAAUUAAUAAAGAAAGAGAGAUAUUUGCUGCUCAGCUGCAUGCGCUGCAGCAGGACAAAGAAGCAGCAGCAAACGCAAACAAAAAAAUGCAGGAAGAAAUACUGCUGCUUAGGCAGCAGUUGAGGGCUACAGCAGCAGCAGCAGCAGCAGCAGCAGCAGCAGGAACAGCAACUGCAGCAGCAGCAACAGCAUAUCAUCCGCCGCAGAUGCAAACAGCAGGAAAACAGAAUCUACUGCUGCAGCAGCAACAGCUGCAGCAGCAGCAGCAGCAGCAGCAGUGCCUCUCGCCUCAGUCUGUAACAAGCGAGGAGGGGCUCCUCCAAAGCCACCGCAGCACCACCUGCAGCAGCAGCAGCAGCAGCAGCAGCAAAAGCAGCAGCAUCAGCAGCACCAACGGGCUACCGCUGCUGCCUUUAACGUCCCCACGUAUCCUGCGCAUGCAUCUAUCGCAGCAGCAGCAGCAGCAGCAGCUUGCUGCAGCAGAUCCUCUCCCUUCACUUGCUGAUGAAUUGAGAGCCCCCUCAGCUCUGCCCACCAGCAGAAACUACAGCAGCAGCAGCAGCAGCAGCAGCAGCAGCGGACGCUGCCCCCCAACCCAGCAGCAGCAGCAGCAGCAGCAGCAGCAGCAGCAGCAUCUACAGCUACCAGAGGAGGGAACAGGCGAUCUGAUAGAUUUAGAGGCGGGCCCUAUCGACAGCAGCAACCCAGAAGCAGCGCAGCAGCUGCUGCUGCGGAUGCUGCAGUAG